UGACCUUUUUUUAGACCACCUUGUUGAUUUUAUCUGGCGCGGCCCACAGUGACACAGGGUCCCACAAACAGAGAGGGACUGCCAUGGAGGGAGUCACCAUCAAGCACUGGGCGAACUGCCCUGCACGCUAUGAAUCCCAUUUUGACGGGAGAGACCCGGACGACCUCACGGAAGACCACAGCCUGUUUGCCCUGCCUGGGCCCGCGUUCAAAGGUGUCACAUCAAGGGACAGAGCAGAGGGAUCGGACGACGAUGGCAGCCACCAUGGGCUGCGUGAGGAGCCUGCUUUCCAGGUGCUGCUGGACGUGACUCAGUUCAAACCAGAGGACAUAAUGAUCCAAGUGUUUGAGGGCUGGCUGCUGAUCAAGGGGCAGCAUGGGAACAGAAUGGAUGAGCAUGGUUUUGUAGCCCGCAGCUUCACGCGGCAGUACCCGCUACCAGAGGGACUUCAGGCAGCUGGGCUUAGGGCUCUGUUGUGUCAUGAUGGGAUUCUUGUGGUGGAGGCCAAGGAGCAAGAGCUGGCCAUGAAGUGAAAAGAAUUGGAGAUGGCGGAUGUUGGCGUUCAUCUGUGGAACAUAAAUAUCACGAUGUGGACUAGGCGUACUGUGUGUGUGUGUGUGAGAGCAGGACAUAAGUGAAUCAGGGAAGUUGAUUGUGCAUGCUGAUUUAGUUUUCAUUUCACCAGUGUGUCUUGUUCAUAUGUUUUUGGUCUUGUGAUUUUGUACUGUUUGUUCCACAGGACUGAGUAUAAUAAUAAAGGAAUGUAUUUAUUACCAAAUAAAAAUUGUCCAACCA